GCAAGCGCCCGGUGCAGUAAUCGGCAGUUUUUGUGGGAUAUUUGAAAUCAUCUCACAACCACGUUCGCCGCUAAAUUGUAUUGUAAUGUUUAAAAUAUUUCAUAAAUCCCAGUGUUUUAUGAUGUAAUAGAGAAGGAAGUUUCGUGUAUGUGUGUGAGUGAAAAUUAACAUAAUUUACAAAAAUUUAGCAGCUAAUAUACGAGUAAUAUAAGAAUUAGGCUUACAAAAAAUGCUUAAUAGUUAUUGCAUUCUGAAAUCUGCUUUGGUUGUUUCAAUGUUUUAUGGCUUGAUAUUUAAAUUAUAAGUAAUUUCUGAUACGCGAAUUUUUAGCUUCAUUUGAUCAUGAUGCAAUAUUUAUAGCAAGCUAUGUUAAUUAGUGCAGUUGGUGGCUUUUAGAUUAUGAUUCCUUAAGACAAAUACAAAACUGACGGGAGGCAGCUACACGAUAUGCAAACUCUUCUAUAAACUAGGUACAGACUGGUAACACGAAUUUAAUAACGUUACAAAAACCAAGUUUUGUGUGUUUCGGCAACACAACAGCAAUAUGGUAAUUGUUUACAAGUUGUCAAAUGCACGGCCGAUCUCUUGAAUAAAUAAUAGUGUAUACAGAAGAUAGUAAAGUUUGUUCCCAUAAAGUGAAUAUUGGACUGUCUGUUAAGACAAUGAAAUUGACAACACACGUGACCUUCCUAUAUUGUUAACCACGGAACUGAAGGAACUUCUACAAGGAUGCCACACUUCAUAUUGAGAUGGCUAACAAGACUUGUAUUCCAUCUUUAUCUCUGUGACUGGGCCCAGAGUUUACGUGGGGUUCGGUUAGAUGUCCCCGAAGCGGUUCUGACUGGGGACAGAGUGAGGUUAGCCUGUGAUUACGACCUGGAGCAUGCUGCACUUUACUCCAUCAAGUGGUACCGAGGGGAGGAAGAGUUCUACCGCUUCGUGCCCAAGGAGUCGCCUCCCACAAGGGUGUUCCCAUUGCCCGGCAUUCAUGUGGACAUUUCCCUCUCCGACGCUCGGAAUGUGACCCUGCUUGACGUGCAAAAACAACUCACUGGGUUCUACAAGUGCGAGGUGUCUGCAGAUGCUCCGCUGUUUCACACGGAAAUUAAGUCCGCUUCUAUGACUGUGGUCGAUAUUCCCGCCGAGGAACCCAUGCUGACUGUGGACAAGUUCCGUUAUGCAACUGGAGAGCAAAUUCAAGCCAACUGUACCUCCAAAGCGUCGUACCCAGCAGCUAAUCUCACCUGGUUCGUAAAUGGGCAGCAGGUUCCGAGUCCUUCACCUGCCCUUAUUUUUCCGGAACCUGGAGGAAGCCUGGAAACUUCGAGAUCUACUCUGGAGCUGGAAGCGGACAGCGCUACGUUCCGUGACACCAAAUUGAGACUACGCUGUGAGGCUUGGCUCUUCAAACUUUAUCGGCGGAGCAGCGAAGAGCUGGAGCUUCGUGAAGAUACUCCGCAACUGGCAUCUGUACUAGGCCCGAGCAUAGCAGAUGCGAGCGUGAGAUUGGAAGUCUCGACGCCGGUACUGUUCGUGAUUCUCUGCAUCCUCUGGAUGGUGGCCUGCAGAUAGCGUAGCAGUCAGUUCGUUGUACAGUGAUGACUGACCAAUGGAUGAACCAAUAGAAGUUCUCAACAGCUUCCAGGAAAUUGAAUCGAUAGUACUUGGAGAACAUGUGUUCUAUAACCUCCCUUUAAUAUCUUAUGGGUCGGCCAUUGUGUUGUUUGUAAUUGUGUAUGUUUGUGUGGGUGUGGAGGGCACUUCAGUCAGCAAACAGGUUAUGUAAUUGCUCUGUACGUAAGAGCUUGGGAACAGACGUGCCAAUUGCUAGCUCGAUUCAACUUUAGCGUGUGGAGGGUUGUCCAUAAGACACAGCAAGCUCAGUUCAUUUGAUGUGAGACUGUUUAAAAGAAAUGACAACCUCUUGGUAAGUAAGGAUAAUGCGCAUUUGACACACGAAGAUAUUAUUGGUGUUGCUGUUGAAAGUAAAUUUCAAGCCGUAGCAGCAUGCUUUUAUAAAUAGUUAUGUGAUCUAUUGGUUGGAAUACCCCUGCUUAAUUUCUUGGUCUAAAAGGCAGAAAUUGUAUUCACUUAAACUGUAAAGAAAGUUGCAAACGCAUUCGUUCAUCUGGCUUAGUUUGUUAGUGUCAUGCUGUUUCAUAUCUGAGGAACAGCACAAAUGUAAAGGGCUAGUGUUGUGUGUAACCAGAGGACAAGACAGUUUAAACGGAUUCAUAAGGGUUAUUUUAAAAUACUAUCACAUUUUAGUUAUUCUGGUUAGAUGAUAAUUCUAUGUCAGAUCAUUCACAGUAAGAACCUGUAUUAUAUUUAUUUAAGAAAAAUAUCAAUUCAAUAUGAACAUUUAGAAAUUAAACAAGACUAACUUGUUUGCAUAUUUAAAAUAAGGUAGAACCAUGCUAAACGGAAUACGUUGCUUGAAGUUUGGACUGUAACUCAUCUCUGGAAUUCCUACAGAGUAAAUCAUCCCACCGACCAGUUCAUUGUAUGUGAUGUUAGCGAACACAAGCCAUUUUUAUGAAUAAUUUUAAAGUGCCAUAUGUAAAGCAGAGGUAAAUUUGUCCUUGUUCUUAAUUAAUCACCGCUCUAUGAAGAGAACAGGAGUAGUAAAUACGCAUAUGCAUUCUUAACCUCGA